AUGGCAAAGGACUGUAGAGAAGGAGUAUCGUCUUGUAGUGAAAACACUGAAGUGCUCAAGAGAGCUAAGUUUAACAGUGGCUUCACCAAAGAUUACAUGGAAUUACCAGAUUGUGAAAACACUAAGGAAGGCUGGUCCAGCUGUGAAAAGUACAAAGGCAGCAAAUCAACAUUUGAUCUAGUCCAGAAGGAAACAGCUCUGCUGAAAGACUUAAAUGGAAAUGUCAUCAGUGAUAAAAACAACUUGAAUGUUGGAUUCAACAGUAUGGAAUUAUACUCCAGUGAGACUGAAAUCAAACAUGAAGAACUGGAAGAAUUACCACAGUUCAACAUUAUGAUGGAUUUAGACAAUGAGCUUAUAUUAGAAGAUUUAUCACUCCAGCUGCCUUCAAGACCUCUUAUUUCUGUGGUGCUAGAUAUUAGCUGCAAAGGACAUCCCCUGAAGUGGUUGCUCUUAGCAGGCUUGGAACAGAAGUUGCCCUUUCUGGGAGCACAAGCAAAUGCUACUAAAACGGGUAUUGCAUUGUUAUAUGAUGAUGGAUCUGAAAAUGCCUAUGACAUCCGACUUAAGCUUACCAAAGAGGUACUAACAAUUCAAAAACAAGAUGUCAUCUGUAUUAGUGGAAGUGAUUGCAGUGCAAAUCACAGAACUGUUACACUUCGUAGACAACCAGUUGGUGGCUUGGGCUUAAGUAUAAAGGGUGGUGCUGAGCAUAAAGUGCCUGUCGUCGUAUCAAAAAUAUUUAAAGACCAAGCAGCUGACCAAACAGGAAUGUUAUUUAUAGGAGAUGCAAUAAUACAGGUUAAUGGCAUAAAUGUAGAAAAUGCUACCCAUGAAGAAGUGGUACAUCUACUGAGGAAUGCUGGCGAUGAAGUUACCAUCACUGUUCAGUACCUCAGGGAAGCUCCAUCAUUUCUAAAGCUCCCAUUAGGUUCCCCUGGACCAUCCAGUGAUCACAGCAGUGGAGCUUCCUCACCUCUCUUUGACAGUGGUUUACAUUUAAAUGGAAACUCAACUAACACAGCUCCAUCAUCACCUUCCUCACCCAUAGCUAAUGAACCAAAAUAUGAGAAGCGCUGGCUAGACACCUUAUCAGUUCCUCUCUCGAUGGCUCGAAUCUCAAGGUACAAAGCUGGAACAGAUAAAUUAAGAUCUAAUGCAUUUGAAGUGCUGGCACUUGAUGGAGUUAGUACUGGAAUACUUCAGUUUUAUACAGCCCAGGAGAGUGCUGACUGGCUGAGAGCAAUAUCAACAAACAUCAGUGAUUUGACACUUCAAAAUAUGAAAAUGGCAAAUAAAUGCUGUACUCCUGCAGACCAGAUCAUACAUAUGGGAUGGGUGAAUGAGAGACUUGAUGGAACUGAUUCAUCUCAUAUAUACAAAUUCAAAUUCCUGGCACUGAAAGGUUCAUCCUUCUACAUUUUCAGCAGUCCACCAGUGAGCACACUAGACUGGGUACGAGCUGAAAAAAUCUAUAACCUCUGUGAGGUUCUGUUUAAAGUUCACAAGCUCUGGCUUGCUGAUGAUUGCUGGCUGCAAGCAAAGUUAUAUUUAGGUAUUCAUCAAGACUAUGAUCUUGAAGACCCGAGACCAUACUGUUUCAGUGUCAUGGUUGGACAUGGCAAGAAUCAUUAUUUCAAUGUAGAGCUGGCCAAUGAGUUGGCAGCAUGGGAGAAAUCAUUUCAGAGGUCAAUUUUCUUGGAAGUUCAAAGAACAGGGUCUAAAACAUAUAUGUGCAGUUGGCAAGGAGAUUCCCUGUGCUUCACAGUUGACUUUGCUUUGGGAUUCACCUGUUUUGACAGUAAAACAAAGAAUGUACUUUGGAGGUUUAAAUUCUCUCAGCUUAAGGGCUCUUCAGAUGAUGGAAAAACAAGAGUAAAGCUACUUUUUCAGAAUCUAGACACCAAACAAAUUGAGACAAAGGAACUUGAAUUUCAGGAUCUGACUGCAGUUUUACACUGUAUUCACUCAUUUAUAGCAGCAAAGGUGGCAUCAGUGGAUCCAGUAUUUAUAGACAGCCAGAGUAUUGCAAGAAAAUAUAUGUACAGUAACUGA